UGAUAACAUCAACUCACGCUAAACUUUGCGACCAAAAUGAACAAACGCCUAGUAUUUUUGUUCACAAUUGUCAUCUUAAAAGUACAAGCAACGUAUUCUCACAAUUCAUGUGAUUCGCGCUGUCCAGACACUAGUGGAUAUGUGCUAAACUGUGCUUUAAACAAACCUGGUUAUUUACUUCAUCAAAAACAAGCCGUAUCGCAACUUCAGUGCUUCGACUAUUGUCUGCGACACCCAAAUUGUCACGUUUAUAACUUCAAGAAAGGAAGCUCAUCUUGCGAGUUGUUUGGCGGACUGUGGUCUUUUGACGACGGUAACCUACUCGUUGCGCAGCCGUCAACAGUGUUUUCCUGGAUGGGAAGGGACCAAUAUACUUUGUGGACGAUGCCAACUUGUAAGGAAAACACUUGUCAAGAUAUGCCAUCAUCUUCAAUUGGGUAUUGCAAAAAACCUUUGGAUAUGGCAUUCCUCAUUGAUACUUCCGUCUCAACUGUUGGAGCAUUGAACCUGUCAAAGAACUUUAUAGCUAAAGUAUCAGAAAAGUUUGAUCAAAGCCAAGAGUACGCCAAGAUAGGCAUUGUAGAAUAUAAUACGAACGCCGUUUCAACUUUUACCUUCAACAACUUUACAUCGUCAAUCAAGUUUCAAAGGUUCUUGGAUAGUGUUGCACUAGGACAUGGUAAAACCAGAUACGACAGGGCACUCUUCAAAGCAGAAAGCGAGCUAUUCUCCAGUCAGGGGGGAGCAAGGCCCUUUGCACAUAGGGUAGUAGUCCUGAUAACCAAUAGUGGUCUGCAUGAGAAUGCCGAAAAUGUUCAUUCRAUCAAUUCUUUGAAAGAGUCCUUUAAAAAGAAAUGCGUUGCAUUGUUCGCCGUAGGUAUAAGUAGUCCGGGGAAAGAAGCGGCCGCAGAAGUCGUGGACCACAAUACCAGCCGUUUGAUACAAGAGGAUUACUUUAAUUAAAGAUCUUGAUGGUCAUGCUGACAACUUUGCCAGCAAAAUUUGUACAGCUCUUUCAUGACUCGUCAAGGGUUUGCUUCCUUCAUUGUAAAWAAUAAAUUAAUCGCAGCACAUUUCAUGAAUGUAGAAAUUGUCUUKAACGGUCAUAAAAAGUGGAUUGUCUUGGUCAGAGGUUAGGCUAACUCAAAACACUCAACAAGAACAUCACUCAGAUUCAGGUUGAUUGCCGGAAGUAUCUGGUACUGAUAGCUUGACAAAAUCUUCACACUGACUGAACAUCACGAUAACUCGUCUCCUUAUCCUUAGGAAGGGGGGGAAUGAAUAAAUACUGACACUAUACUGUAUAUUUACAAUAAUCAGAUGCACAAAUAUUCUCGUCACAGUCUUU